AUGGAGUUGACACAGUUAGAGCAAUUUGCGGCCGGUGAUGUGGAGGCGUGGCUCGAUGAGUUCGACGGAAUUGCGGCUUGCACGGGUGUGAGGGGGGAUGCAAAUUUGCUAAUUGCUUUGGGCACACGGUUGAGUGGACGAGCCAAGGCGGUGUAUCUGCUCACUCGGAAAGCCAAACCCGGCUGUCCGUUCGCUGAGAUGAGGGUUGCCUUGUGUGCAGAAUUUUGGAAGGAUCUGGAGAGAGAACGAGCACUGCAACGAUUUUACGCAGCCAGAUGGGACGAACAGAAGGAUUUGAUAGUGUUUUUCCAGCAGCUGGACAGACAUCUAACGAUUGGGCUCCCCGAGUUAGAGGGCAACGCAAGAGAGCGUCUACUGAAACAGCAGUUUAUCCGAAGUCUGCCCGGUCCACUCCAUGAUCAGGUGAAAUUGGCGUCGAUGGUGGGAGACAGCAAAGCGUUGGAUCUGGUGACAGUCGCCCAGAAUUUGUCGGAACAAGUGACAGUGAGAAGCAUCCAGCAUGCUGAGUUGGAACAGAAAGUAAAUCGCCUAUCUGAAAUGGUGGAGCAGCUGUUGUCGAUAGAGUCUUCAAGCACCAUUUCACAACGCAACGUACGGGUAAUCCGGAACGGUCGCCGCUGUUUCCGAUGCAACCAGAGUGGUCACGUGGCGAGAUUCUGCACCAACGUCAAUGUGCCCCAUUGUUUCUCUCUAUCCAUGCCGAGUCGGUGGCGAGUACCAGUCCUCCAGGUAGCUAUAGAAGGUGUGUCUGUCUGA